AUGUCUUCCAGUCCAAGGGACACGUUUGCCUCGGGGACCGACUACCAUGAUGUCGGCUCUCUAAGGCAGCGGACACAGAUUCCGACUUCAAGCACGAUAGCUAGUAGUGAGGAUCUCGAUUCAAUCAUCAAACAGACAUCUUCACUUUCAAUUGACGGAUCAAAUGAAAAGAACAAGUGGACGUUACUGUCAACCUUUGUCUACAUAAUCAAUCCAUUGCUUCUUACAGCGGUUUCGGCAUACUUGAGACUUUACGGUAUAGGGGACGUGAAAAAGGUUAUUUGGGACGAAGCCCAUUUUGGAAAAUUCGGCUCCCAUUACUUGAAGAACGAAUUCUACUUCGAUGUGCAUCCACCUUUGGGUAAACUCCUUGUUGGUCUUUCUGGAUGGUUAGCGGGCUAUGAUGGCUCGUUUGAGUUUAAGAGCGGCAACAAGUUCCCUGAGGAGUUCAAUAUAAUCGCUAUGAGAUACUUCAACUGCGUGUUUGGAAUCCUCUGUACUCCUUUUGCAUACUUCACGGCAUUGAGCUUGGGCUUCUCCCAUUAUACGGUUUGGUACAUUUCUUUGCUGGUGGUCUUCGAGAUGUUGUCCCUCACGUUAUCGAAAUUCAUCCUCUUGGACUCGAUGCUUCUAUUCUUCACUGUGACUACUUUCUUUGGCCUCUCCAAGACUCACCAGCUCAAUCAUGAGAAUAAGCUUUCAACAUUGCCAGGAGGUCUUUGGUUGGCAUUUACUGGUGUCUCUAUUGGAUGCGUUUGUUCGGUCAAGUGGGUUGGGCUUUUCGUCACAACGUUAGUUGGAUUUUACACCAUCUACGACUUGCUUGUUCGUCUCUAUGAAGUCCUAGAACCCCAAUUUAGAGCUCAAAAAAGAACCUCUUGGCUAAGCUACUUGAAACAUUGGUGUGUGAGGAUUGCUACCCUUAUUAUCAUUCCAGCUCUCAUCUACAUCAUAGCUUUCAAGGUUCAUUUCAUGGUGUUGAGCAAAUCCGGCCCGGGUGACGGCUCAAUCUCUACGCUACUUCAGGCCCAGUUAGAAGGCAACACGUUAAAGAAUGGACCUCGUUCUGUUGCAUAUGGUUCUUUGGUCACUCUUCGUUCCCAAGGCCUUCUGCCUAAUUUGCUUCAUUCCCACCCCCAUCUAUACCCAGAGGGCUCUCGCCAGCAGCAAAUUACAACCUACGGCUUUAAGGAUACGAACAACGAGUUCUUGAUUGAAUUUGAUUUGGAGAACGCGAAGAAGGGAAGGUUUGCAACUAUAGAUCAUGACGAGGACAAUCCUGAUGUCAUCCUUGACUACAAGACACUCGUCAAAGAUGGUGACACGAUAAGAUUAUUGCACAAGGACCGUGGUUGCUUCUUACAUUCUCAUUCCAUAGCUGCUCCUGUUCUGAAAGGCCAUUACGAAACUUCCUGCUAUGGAAAUAUCGACGUCAAUGAUUCGAAGGAUGAUUGGGUAAUUGAAAUUCAAAGUCAAGAUAUCUCCCCUGCACCUGAAUUCCAAAAUGAAGACUUACUGGAGGUUCAUCCAAUUUCUACCAACUUUAGGCUUCGUCACAAAGUGCUUGGAUGUUACUUGGCCACAACAGGAUAUUCGUAUCCAGCAUGGGGUUUCCAGCAAGGUGAAGUGACAUGUAAGAAUGUUUAUUUGAAGAACGACAAGAGUGCCUGGUGGAACUUUGAAGAUCACGUCAACAAUGAAUUCGAAGCGCCCAAGACGAAGUAUGUUGCGCCCAAACCGAAGUUUUGGAAAGAGUUCAUCUUGUUGAAUUAUGGUAUGAUGGCGUCCAACAACGCCUUGAUUCCUGAUGGCGAUCAUUACGACCAAUUGGCAUCUAAAUGGUGGGAAUGGCCGAUUUUAAGGACUGGAUUAAGAAUGAGUGGUUGGUGGACUGAGGAUGCCAAGUACUUCCUCAUGGGCAAUCCUUUCGUCACAUAUUUCAGCACUUUAUCUGUCGGUUUGAGUAUCUUGCUUGCUCUAGGCACUCUUUAUUUCUGGCAAAGACAAUCGGUUGAUUUGAGUGUGAAUAGCGAAGAGUGGAACAAAUUCAUUGGCCAAUUCAUCUUCCCCAUCACUGGCUAUGUCUUGCAUUAUCUUCCAUUCAUUCUCAUGGGAAGAGUCACUUACUUGCAUCAUUAUGUGCCAGCUUUGUAUUUCGCCAUUUUCAUUUCAGGCUACGUUCUUGAAACUGCAGUGGCCCGGAAGUUGCCUAAAAGUGUCACGAUGGUUGUAUACGGUCUCUUUUAUGCUGGCGUCAUAGGUACGUUCUGGAGAUUCCGCUUUUUCUCUCUUGGAAUGGUUGGUGCCAGUGCCAACUACCUACAUCUCAAACUUCUCAGCUCCUGGCGCGUCUGA